GGGGACGCUCCAGGGUGACUGGCACGGCGAUGCCCUCUUCGGCGACAACGGGGACCGCUUCGGUGGCGUGAGCCUCAUGGGUCGUGGGGUUGCCGGCCGUGUUGGGGUCGGCGGCCGUGUUGGGGUCGGGAAGGGCAACGUUACCGGUCGACGCAUUGGACAUUGUUCCAUUGCUGUUAUGGGAUUCCUCAUUCGUGCCGUUGCCAGCGGCUUGGAAGGAGUUGGCGGUGGCCGUGGGAAAGCUCAGAUGAGCAGCGGUCACUCCGUCGGUACGACCGCCGGACUGGGACUGAUCUCCAUGGUCGGUUCUAGAAUUGACGGUGGGAAAGCUCAGACGAGCAGCGGCCGCCUUGUUGAUGGGACCGUUGGUGUUGGACUGGUCACCAUGGUUGGAGGCAUCAUUGGAGCCUUCCUGAGAGUCACCGUUGAGGAUCUCAUCGAGCUCGCCCAGGUCACCGAACAGCGAGUCAAUGUCCGAUCCAGUGUCCUUGUUGGCGUCUUCAACACCAACUUUCUGGUCAAUUGCGGUGGCGGAAGCGCGGGCGGUAUUGUUCUGCCGCACGAGUUAACGAACUGACCGACUGCGUCAAACCAAUUACCGGGGCAUCACUUACCUCGAUCUCAAAAUCGUCCUGGGGAGAGGGAGUAGGGUACGCAGCGGUUACAGCAUGAGCAGUACCUGACUGCUCGUUGGCGGCAAUUUUGCCGCCAGCGGCCGGGCUGGCAGCAGAAGACAUCUUACCGACUCGACGAAUUGGUUACAAUGAGAUGAGAGUCGAUAACCUCAAUACGGCGUGGCCGGCAACCCGGCGGAUGAAUUGGAUGAUUGUG